AGCCAACAGGGUUUGAAGAGUGAUCUCUGGAUUAAGAAUAGAACAAAAGUUAAAAGUGAAAAUUUACAAUGCUUGUUGAAUUUGUUAUAAUUCAUUUGAUUUUUAUGCGUGGAAGACGUCGUAGGCUAGUGAUGAAAAGACAUAAGAAUGAGCCAAGUGGAGCAGUUCCAGAUGUUGCCGAUUGGUAUUUUAAGACUCUUGUCAAAGAGCGAUCUGUAUUAAGACAUGGAACUAAAGAAAGUUAUCGAGAAUGGAAAAUCUAUAGUGGAGAUGAAAGUCUUUUUACAGUGGACGGAAUAUUAUAUGAACAAGUUUAUGUCAUUAUGGGAUUGACAACAUAUUAUUGGAUGUUCUUUAGAAGACAACCCGAACAAAUCAGAACGAAUGGUUCAGCUCCACUAACGUGUUCGUAUUGUGGAUGUUGUGUUUAUUCACAUGUUCCAAGUAUUAUUGAAAGAGUGAAAGAAUGUGUACAUUUGAAAGAAAUCCCAAAUGGAUGUGAAGCAACUUAAAUUAUUAUUUGUAAUGUUAUUAGAGUUAAGAUUAAAUAUUAAAAACGAGUAUUCCAAAAA